GAGUAAGCCACUAACAAUGCAGAAUGAACCACAACAGGUGAUAGGACUAAUAAAAGGAAGCAGGUAAAAAGUGUUCAUUUUUAUACCCUUUGUGCUGAGGGUUUCUUGCAGGAAAAUAGAGCUGCAUCUAAAAGAAUGAUUGCCGCUACGUCUCUUAUUAAUUUUUUUACUGUUCAACUUCUCUGGAGAUUUGCUGAAGUUAAGGCCCACUGCCGAACAGGAACAUGUUUAAAGUACCCCCUUGACGUGUAUGGUGAUGCUGUGCAAGACACAGAGUUGGCUGGCCAUGUUUUUCACAAUUCUGUCACGUUAAACCCAAUUCAGUGCUACACGUGGUGUGUACAGGACUGUCGAUGUUUGUCGUUCAACUACAAAGAAAAUAAGGAAGAAAAAUAUUGCGAGUUGAAUGAAGAAAAUCAUGUUACUAACAAGAGCUCUCUCAAGCCUAGCAGAGGAUCACGUUAUUACGUGCUACGCCGGGAACACCACCAACAGGGAGUGACGUCAUGUGUUGGUGAGGUCACGUGUACCAAUGGAUGCUGCAAGAACAAUCCGUGUCUCAAUGGAGGAGCCUGCAAAGAAACCUGUGAGCCUGCAAGCGUUCGGUACAACUGUUCUUGUCCGAUAAACUAUGUUGGAAAACGCUGCGAGACUAGGCUGAGAAAAAGUUGUCAAGAAUACAAAGCAGCUGGAAUGAACAUGUCUGGACUGUACAAAAUUGUCGAUGACAGUAAUCAAACCUUCCAAGUAUUCUGUGAUUUUGAUUCAGAGCCUGAGUUUGCGUGGAACUUGAUCCAGUCUUUUAGCCUAUCCAACAAGCACUAUUUUGAGAGUGACGUGGUCUUUUACGACAACUACUCCGAUUCUAGUGCAGUCAGCGGUGAUGCUCCCAACUGGCAGGCGUAUUUGCUUAGACGACAUGACCUUGUUUGGCUCCGAGAACAGUCGAGCUACUGGCGAGCUACUUGCCGAUACAACACAGACGGCACGGUAUACACGGAUUACCUGCGGGCCACAUUUGAAGACUUCGACAUCAUAAAAGUCAAACCCUCUAAGGUAAGCACCUGCCAAAAAUACGAGCUUGUCAACAUCCGGGGAAACGAGUGUACAGAUUGCACGGGUUCUCUCUUCCUCGAAAAAACCGCGUAUGUUUAA